GGACGAGCAAGAGGCGAGCGAGUAGAGAAAAAUUAUUGAGCGCAGAGAAAAGUCCACCAAAUCGAACGUCGCAGCAAGUGAAAAAGGCGAAAAAAGCCCGGAUAGAAACUAAUAGAGAAUACGAUUGCCAGAAGACAAGUGUUAGCCCGAGCCUGAGCCAAAAUGAAUGAGGAAUACGACGCGAUUGUGCUGGGAACGGGCCUGAAGGAGUGCAUCCUCAGCGGGAUGCUGUCCGUGUCCGGCAAGAAGGUGCUGCAUAUUGAUCGGAACAAGUACUAUGGCGGCGAGUCGGCCUCCAUAACGCCGCUGGAGGAGCUCUUCCAGCGCUACGGCCUGGAGCCGCCCGGCGAGCGUUUCGGGCGUGGCCGGGACUGGAACGUGGAUUUGAUUCCCAAGUUCCUGAUGGCCAACGGACAGCUGGUCAAGCUGCUGAUCCACACGGGCGUCACCCGCUACCUGGAGUUCAAGUCCAUCGAGGGCAGUUACGUCUACAAGGGCGGCAAGAUAGCCAAGGUGCCGGUGGACCAGAAGGAGGCCCUGGCAUCCGAUCUCAUGGGUAUGUUCGAGAAGCGUCGCUUCCGGAACUUCCUCAUCUACGUGCAGGACUUCCGGGAAGAUGACCCCAAGACCUGGAAGGACUUUGACCCCACCAAGGCCAACAUGCAGGGUCUGUACGACAAGUUUGGCCUGGACAGGAACACGCAGGACUUCACUGGCCACGCCCUGGCCCUUUUCCGCGACGACGAGUAUCUGAACGAGCCGGCCGUUAACACCAUCCGGCGCAUUAAGCUCUACUCCGAUUCGCUGGCGCGGUACGGCAAGUCGCCCUACCUCUAUCCCAUGUACGGCCUGGGCGAGCUGCCCCAGGGAUUUGCCCGACUGUCGGCCAUCUACGGCGGCACCUACAUGCUGGACAAGCCCAUCGACGAGAUCGUCCUCGGCGAGGGUGGCAAGGUGGUGGGCGUGCGCUCCGGCGACGAGGUCGCCAAGUGCAAGCAGGUCUAUUGCGAUCCCAGCUACGUGCCCGAAAAGGUGCGCAAGCGUGGCAAGGUGAUUCGCUGCAUUUGCAUUCUGGACCAUCCGGUGGCCAGCACCAAGGAUGGUCUCUCCACGCAGAUAAUCAUUCCACAGAAGCAGGUGGGCCGCAAGUCGGACAUCUACGUGUCGCUGGUGAGCUCCACUCACCAGGUGGCCGCCAAGGGCUGGUUCGUGGGCAUGGUCUCGACCACCGUUGAGACCGAGAACCCAGAGGUGGAGAUCAAGCCUGGCUUGGACUUGCUGGAGCCGAUCGCACAAAAGUUUGUGACCAUUUCGGACUACUUGGAGCCUAUCGAUGAUGGAUCCGAGUCGCAGAUCUUCAUUUCGGAGUCCUAUGAUGCGACUACGCACUUUGAGACCACUUGCCUGGAUGUGUUGAACAUAUUCAAGCGCGGCACUGGCGAGACGUUCGACUUUUCCAAGAUUAAGCACGAGCUGGGCGAUGAGGAGCAGUAAGCGGGGAGCAGGGCCUCAUCUGGUUAUGGUGCAUUUGGACAGCUCAACAUCAGCCACAAACAUCGUAGAUCGUCUCAGCGUCGUGGCCAAACCUUAAAGAAAUACCCAAGAUAAAAAACACAAAAUAAAAGCCCAAAAAACUAAAGAAAAACGAAAAUCCCGAAAUUGUAUUACCAAAAUGCUUUUCCAUCGAGAGAUGAAGUUUUAGAUGUGAAACGAAUUGCUUGCUUCGCGCAAUAUUGGAUAUGCCUAGAAAAUAUAUAUAUAUACCAAUAUAACAUAAAUUAUACAACAUGCAGUCGCGUACAUGUGUACGUCUAUAUAUAUAUAUGUAUCACUGAGUGAAUGUUAGGCAUCUAAAUCAAAUUCAUGCAGAUUCAGCUUGUUGUGACUCGAGCGAAGGUGCAAGACUCGACGUAUACUCUCUACUCUUUCACCACCCGAUCAGACAGUCAGUCACGCGAUUAUGCUUGGACUUUAGUUGUACGAGUAUAUAAUAAAGUAUAUAUAUAAAAUAUGACAUCGUAUA